AUGGCUAGGAAGUAUCAGUUACCGGAUCGCGACCAAUCCCUGCGCGCGGCCGGAGCAGGAGUCUGCACAGCGGAGAAGCGCCUCACAUCGGACCUGAGCACCCGACAGAGCACGCCUUUACCCCCCACCCCCCUCCAACGGCACCAUCACAGCCACAGCCGCCCCAUCUCCUCUCCAGAGCACCUGCCUGACGGACUGCAGCUGUUUGGGGCCCGGGGAGGCGAGAGGCAGGAUGCGCGAUGGGACAAGCGUGUGGACAUGCGCUCCUGUGCCGUAGCCAACCUCCAUCCUCUGAGAUUGCUGCCCUCCGAGGGUCACACUGUGCCUUCCCACGACCUGCUGUCCACUCUUCUCUGUCCCGCUCGGGCCUCUGCUUUUACCAGCUCUGCCUGA